UGGGCACAGUGGCUUUAAGUUAAGUGUCCUUCUGCCUGUUCCCUCACUGAUAGAUGAGGCAGUCUUAGAGUCAGCCAUGGGGAGCAAACAGCAGAGAAACCUGCACCCUUUGCUCAUCGUCUCUUUUCUCUUAACCUCAUCUUCACCUGCUGCAGACGGUCAGAUCAGAUUGGCUGGCUCUGGGUCCAAUCACUGCUCUGGAAGAGUUGAGAUCUACCACAACAGUACCUGGGGAACAGUGUGUGAUGAUAGCUGGGAUCUAGACGAUGCUCAGGUCGUCUGCAAACAGUUGGGCUGUGGUUCAGCACUGAGGGUCCCUCACUAUGGUCAGGGGACCGGACAAAUCUGGCUGGAUGAUGUCGGCUGUUCAGGAAGUGAAAGUUCUGUGACUGAGUGUACCCAUCCAGGAUUUGGGACUCAUAACUGUGGACACGGUGAGGACGCUGGUGUGUUCUGUUCAGAUGCUGAGGUCAGAUUGGCUGGCUCUGGGUCCAAUCGCUGCUCUGGAAGAGUUGAGAUCUUCCACAACAGUACCUGGGGAACAGUGUGUGAUGAUAGCUGGGAUCUAAACGAUGCUCAGGUCGUCUGCAGACAGUUGGGCUGUGGUUCAGCGCUGAGGGCCCCUCACUCAGCCCACUAUGGUGAGGGGACCGGACCAAUCUGGCUUGAUGAUGUCGGCUGUUCAGGAAGUGAAAGUUCUGUGACUGAGUGUACCCAUCCAGGAUUUGGGACUCAUAACUGUGGACACUCUGAGGACGCCGGUGUGGUCUGUUCAGAUCAGGUCAGAUUGGCUGGCUCUGGGUCCAAUAACUGCUCUGGGAGAGUUGAGAUCUUCCACAACAGUACCUGGGGAACAGUGUGUGAUGAUAACUGGGGUCUAGACGAUGCUCAGGUCGUCUGCAGACAGUUGGGCUGUGGUUUUGCGCUGAGGGCCCCUCACUCAGCCCACUAUGGUGAGGGGACCGGACCAAUCUGGCUUGAUGAUGUCGGCUGUUCAGGAAGUGAAAGUUCUGUGACUGAUUGUACCCAUCGAGGAUUUGGGACUCAUAACUGUGGACACGGUGAGGACGCUGGUGUGGUCUGUUCAGAGAGACUCCCAAAGCCCAGCCUGUCCAUGUAUCCUAAGGUCAUCUGGGGUCAGAGCGUCAGCAUCACCUGUUCUUCAUCAACUUUACCUCAACCGCUGUUUUCUAAGACAACGUUCAUCUUGGAAAAGACUUCCAGUUCCUUCAGAGAGUCCAGAACUCCAGGUAGCAGCUCUGCUUCCUUCAGCAUUCAGGAAGUGAACCUGGACCAUGAGGGAUGGUACCGGUGUCAGUAUCAGAUACGAGGCUCAGGCUCUCCCUUCAGUGACUCCGUCAGACUCUCUGUUUCUGUGCCGCUGCAGCAGCCCAACCUCUCUCUGACGUCGCCCAGCGGGGGGUUGUUCUGGAGCCCUGAAGGUGCAGAGGUCACCAGAGGUCACAGCUUCCUCCUCACCUGCUCCAUUGCUCCUCAGUAUCCUGGAGGAUUCUUCUCCCUCCUCUUCUCUGGGUCCCGCCUUAACGUCCGCAGGCCGGCAGUGAACCACUCGGCCUCCUUUAGCUUCCCUGCAGCCGGACCUGAGCAGCAGGGAAACUACAGCUGUCUGUACGAGGUCACCCUGUCCUCCAGGACCUUCACCUCCACACAGGAAGCACCCAUCACUGUCAUCAUCACAUUUCCUGUGAUGGUGCUGGUCUCCUCACUUUGUGGGGGGGGUCUCCUGCUGGUCCUGCUGGUGCUGGGGGGGGUCUUCUUCUUCUUCCUGAUCCGCAGGAGGAGACCCGGAGACCUCAACCAAACUCCAAUGUCGGUCACAGCCAUCAAUGAAUACAAUGAAGAGGAAGAUGAGGAAGAGGAGAACGUCUAUGUGAACGUGGAUGACUUGGUCGCGCAGAAGAAACAGAAGUCAGGACGAGGAGAGGAAGAGGACAUCGAUGUCUACGAGCAGCAAGAGAGCUGCGCUAACUUCAGAGAGGGCAAAGAGGACGGAGAGGAAAGAGAAUCCAGUGACGAUGAGGAUGAUUACGUUAACGUAGUCCUUAGUGAGCAAGUCGUUAGUGGAGACCAUGAGGAUGAGGAUGAGGAUGAGGAUGAGGAUGAGGAUGAGGAUGUGUAUCAGAACUUCUGAGGAGUCCAACAGAGUCUCAGUAAACACAGGGUUUAUGAUAGAGAAGAUGAAGCCUCAGGAGAAGAGAGUAGUUGUCAUUAUCAUGAUUAUAUUAUUUCAUACACCUUAUUAAACUGCACUGCUGUUUAUCAAAGUUGUAGCAUUGAGAUUACAAGGCAGGAACCAAUAUCACAUUUUGUUGUUUUAAAUCUAAUCUGUCCUCCAAUUUAGCUGUGACCAAAGUAGGGCGUACCUGUUUGACCAAUGAAGGAACAAUACUAUCAUUAUAACCCAGUUGAAUGGUUCAAGAUUCAAAGGCUUUGCUGUCAUGUGCACAGCAGCUACAGUGAAGGGUUAACAAUGACAAGCUUCAGUCCAGAAGUCCUCCAACGAUGCAACCAAGUUAUACAAGACAUACAAUAAUAAAACACAAAUAAAAAUAGUGCAAGAAUUGUGUUGCAGUCAAGUGUGCAAGUAGUUCAGAUGAAGUAAGCUAUAUAACUGUCAGGACAAUAAAUAAAUACAAUAAGCCAAAUAGUGUAGAGAGUGUAUGACGUGACCAAAUCUGUGAUUGGGUAUUUAUGCUACUAAGCUAGGCUAGUUUGCUUUUAGCAUUCGUUUAUUUGGUGUUCAUUUAUCCGCCAUUAUGUUCCGAAUCUGAAUUUUCUGCAUUUCUACUCAGGUUUCUAAAUGUGUACAGAUCAGUUGGAGAGAAAGAUAGAAAGUGGAAUCAGAGAUGCUAAUAACCAGGGAUGUGCGGUGAGGUUCAUGGCUGGUGAGGCACUGACUCUUUCAGAGCCAGGUUUACAAAUAUUAUAUUUUGACCUUAA